AUGGCCCGCUCUAUGAGCUUUCUCCCUGUGGUGCUGCUGGCGCUGGGCGCCUGGAUGUUGAGCUCCUUGAUGCCGAGCCAAAGCGGCUUUGUGAACUCGGCCACCCCCAGGGCUGGCAGCAAGAUGGCCAUGCGGGGCUUCAAGGACGACUUCUAUGCCUGGAAGGACACCUUGAGCAAGGAUGAUCAGGAGAUGCUGAGCGAGUUGGCCAAGGUGCCAGCGGUCAUCGAAGGCGAGUUCAAACACAACUGGGGCACUGCGGAGACGCUCUACAAGUCAGAGGCCAUUGAUUCCUUUGGCAGCAAGUACUUGUUGGGCAUUUUUGAGAAGGAGGAAGAUGCUAAGAAAGCCUUCGAUGUGUGGAACAAGGAGUACGAGCAGGCAGGCAAAGAUGUGAAAGAGAACCUGAAGAGCUGGGCCAAGGGCCAAGAGGCUGAGCUGGCAGAGGCAGGGAUGGUGGCAGGAUUUUUGGUUGGAAAGAAUAUCGAGCGCGAGCAGCUGAAGUUGUGA